AAUUGCUCCGCUAGUCUUCCCGUUUAAACGCAUUCAUUUUCUCUCCCCCUUGCAUAUUCUAUUAGUUGUUUUUUCUUUCCUCCCUUUCUCUCUCCACUCCGCAUGAGAGGUGAAAAUAGGGCGUUUUAGCGUCGGCCGUCCUUUUUUUUGUCUUGCCCUGGGUCUGGCCGCCCGACACUUGCGUACCCUGAUCGGGAUCUUUUUUAUUCUUUAUUUUUGGUGCUCAUUUGUUGAAGCUACUGUUGAUCAACACUCACCCAUUCAUUCACUGUUCCUUGUGUGUGUGUGUGUGUGUGUGUGUGUGUGUGUGUGUGUGUGUGUGUGUGUGUGUGUGUGUGUGUGUGUGUGUGAGUGUGUGUGUGUGUGUGUGUGUGUGUGUGUGCGCGCGUGUGCGUGUGUGUGUGUGUGAGUGUGUGUGUGUAUGUGUGUGUCUGUCUGUCUGUCUGUGUGUAUGUGUGUGUGUGCGUGUGUGUGUGUCUGGGUGAGUUGCUUUGAUCGCAGUAGUAUUCCUUUUUUUCUCUCUCCCUCUCUCUCUUUCUCUCUCCCUCACUCUCUUUCUCUCUCUUUCCCUCCCUCCCUCUCUCUCUCUCUUCGUUUCUGUUACCACCAUCCAACUCUGCUCCCUACCAACAGGACACAAAAAAAAACCCCGUGCGAUCAACUUGUUUUCCCGCACUUUUUGGGGUCGAGAUAUGGCAAUGGUAGUUAGUACUUGGCGAGAUCCUCAGGACGACGUGGCCGGAGCUCAGAGCGGCCAGUCUGCACAAGCGCAGCCGGGCCAGCAACAGCAGGCGACGUCGGGAGCCCCUCAUACGCCGCAGACCCCGGGCCAGCCGGGUCCGCCAUCCACCCCGCUCGGAGGUAGCAGUCAGAGCGUCCAGCCAGGCGGAGAGAAGCAGCAGGCGAGCCAACAGCAGCAGCACAUUGAGUGUGUCGUGUGCGGGGAUAAAUCCAGCGGUAAACACUACGGCCAGUUCACAUGCGAGGGCUGUAAAAGUUUCUUUAAGAGAAGUGUUCGGCGAAACUUAACGUACACUUGUCGUGCCAACCGGAAUUGUCCUAUAGACCAGCACCACCGUAAUCAGUGUCAAUACUGUCGCCUGAAGAAAUGCCUGAAAGUUGGAAUGAGACGGGAAGCGGUUCAGCGAGGAAGAAUGCCCCCGACUCAACCAAACCCGGGUCAGUACGCGCUGACGAAUGGGGACCCUCUGAACGGCCAUUGCUAUCUGUCGGGAUACAUCUCCUUACUACUGCGGGCCGAGCCUUACCCAACCUCUCGGUAUGGAAGUCAGUGUAUGCAACCCAACAACAUCAUGGGCAUCGAGAACAUUUGCGAGCUGGCUGCACGAUUGCUCUUCAGCGCUGUAGAAUGGGCCAGGAAUAUCCCUUUCUUCCCAGAUCUGCAGAUCACAGAUCAGGUGGCAUUGCUAAGGCUGACUUGGAGUGAACUGUUUGUACUGAACGCUGCCCAGUGCUCGAUGCCAUUGCAUGUGGCUCCUCUGCUGGCCGCUGCCGGCCUGCAUGCCUCGCCGAUGUCCGCGGAUAGAGUCGUUGCCUUUAUGGAUCACAUAAGGAUCUUUCAGGAACAAGUCGAAAAACUGAAAGCUCUCCACGUUGACUCGGCAGAAUACAGCUGUCUUAAAGCUAUUGUGCUGUUCACAUCAGAUGCCUGUGGCCUGUCGGAUGCUGCCCACAUAGAGAGCCUACAGGAGAAAUCUCAGUGUGCUCUAGAGGAAUAUGUCAGGAGCCAGUACCCCAACCAGCCGAGCCGCUUCGGCAAGCUCUUACUGCGACUGCCUUCUCUUCGUACCGUCUCCUCCUCGGUCAUCGAACAACUCUUCUUCGUUCGCUUGGUAGGUAAAACACCGAUUGAAACCCUCAUCAGAGAUAUGUUACUGUCGGGCAGCAGCUUCAACUGGCCCUAUAUGUCCAUCCAAUGAUGAGGGAAGGAUAUCCCUCCCCAAAAAAACAAAAGCAUUUUAGGCGAGACUCCCUCUCUAUUCAAGGACUUGAAAGUUCCUAUAGGAUGUUAUCUGUGAAAAUAAAAGGACCUUCCAAGAGGCCAAGCUGUUGACUGUGGGAUUUAUUCUGUGAAAAAGAAACUGGACUGCAUCAUAUGUAGAACCACACUUACCGCAAGCAUUGUUUAUCAUUUUGUAAGAUAUUAGUCUUUAUUUUCUUUUUGUAAAAUUAAAAAGACAUCGUAUGCGCAUUUUAAAACAAAUCAGAAAUUAGGGGAAAAUAACAUUUUCCAAAUAAUUAUAAAUUUUGUCCUGUGUCUGUGUAUCUAUAUCUGUUUUGUAUUUUUUUUCUGGUUCCAAACCAGGUUUUCUGUGAUUCUAUACUAAUUUUUAUAUGACCUUUUGCUUCAUAUAACAAUUGCGAUUCAUGUCGUCAAAACUAUGUUCUCCAAGAAUUAAAAUUGAAAUCAGAAUUAAACAAGUAAAUAAAAAAUUAGUACAACAUUUUUUAAAAGAGAAACUUUGUCGCUUUAAGCGUAACAAUUAGCCUGCAGUAUUGGCGAAGCUGACGUUUUAAAAAAGUGAUCAGGUAUUAAAGAGAGCACUCCAAAAUGCUAAUAGAGAAACGUGUUUUAAACUCUCACCAGUGGGCCCUCUAAAGAGCGUUUGCAUUCUGUGCGGAUUGCUAUUGUCCCUGUAGUUUGUUCUGAGUGUCCAAGGCACUUCUGUCUUUGAUUUCACAAAAGUCUCCAUGAACUCUGGAAUUAGUUUGGCUGAAGUUGCUGAUAUACAUUGAUUAAAGUUUAAGUUUGCUUAUCAGAACUGCCCCAUCCCACCUCUGCAUUCUAUAUGACAUUCCACGUGAAAUAAAAACUAUUUUCCCCUUUGAAACCCCCGAAGUAUUUAAAUCACCGUUUCCUCCCCUGGUUUCUAAUCAUGUAACCAAAUCUUCCUAUCAUUACUACCAAGGCUGUUUACCCGUAGACUUUAAAAGAGAAAAAAACAACGUAUAGCAAAAAGGUACAGGCGCUGUAAUCUUGCAAACGCUGUACUGUGGCGUUGUUCCAUGGGUAUGACGGAAUAUUCUUGUAAAAAACAUGGUUGUUAUGUUGGAACAGUUACAAAAGUGAUAUAAAAGAGAUCUAUUGUAGAUGUGUCUGUGUUGUUUAUCUGUUCCCUGGCGGUGUCCUUCUCAGUUCGACGAUCGACAGUAUAUAUUGUAGAAGACCCCCACUCCAGAGAAUAAUGGAAAAUAAUACGCAGGGCCUUAAUGAGCAUAUAAAUUUCUUGUUCCCCUCCUCAUGCUCUCAAUAAGAACAUUAAAGUCAUAUGCUGGUAUUAUCAGGAUAAAACAAUAUUCGGAAGAAGGUUAGAAAACACUAUCACUUGCAAACAGUGUAGAUGUAAAGACUGUUGUGCUUUGCUUUGAGAGGCCUGUUGUAGAAUCCAGUAGCUGCACGCAUUAAUGUUUUAUAAUCCGGGUCAGAGCUCUAGCACACACUGUCAUGGGAGAGCUUUCUUUUAACAACUCUGCAUCGAAAUUAAACGUAACAGCCAAGUCAGAGUGAAGCUACACAAGGCGCAUGGAGAAGCCGAGAGAGUGAUUGACUGUGUGCUAGUGGAAGUGAAAGUAUAUAUACAUAUACAUAUACGUGUGUGUGUGUGCGUGUGUGUGUUUUCACUUUCUGCUUCCUCUCCAAGCUCUCUAUUUCUAUUUACAUUUAACGAGAACCUGCUCUCUGGCCGCUUGGGGUUUUUAACAUUCUAGUCGCAAAGCCGCGUGAUGCACAAGGCGAUGGCCAUAGACUCUUUUAGAUGGAAUAAUUAACGUAUAAAUGGAUUGUCUCUGUACAUCUCCCUGCCCUUGUUUAUCGGCAGCGAAAGACAACGUAUGCAGUAACACUUUAUAUAUAUAUGCCUUCGCAAUCAAGAUGAAGAUCUAUAUAAGAAAGACACUGAAACACCGCGCAACCUUGUUACACUUAACAUUAUGCAGGGUAGUUUCAGUGUCCUGACUACACCUUUUUUAUUGUCUGUUAUUGCUGCGAGCGUCGCUCUUAAGGCCCCUAGUUCCUCCAAACCCGACUUUUACAUAACCCUUGUACGGCCGCCUAUCGACAUCAAAGUCCUAAUAGAAAAUGAUUUUUCAUUGUUUCACCGUUAAAUCCAAUUAAGACACUUUUAAAACUUGUUAGUACAGAGUAGGCAGGGCGUCCCGUGGUAAUUCUUGUCAGGAACCGUGCAGUACUAGUUAUGUUUCAAAAUGUAUUUUAAUUCUAUUUUUAAUCUGUUUCUAAUUAUUUGUUUGAGUUCACGUUUAUAAACAAAUCUCUUCUAAUUCAUGGCUCUGAUUGUGAGGUGUGAGAGUUGAUCCCAGUAUGUGUGGUAAACCCAUCCUUUUCAUACCGCGCUUUUCCAUCCUACAGGCACUCAUAGGCUUGCUGUUGACCAUUGAGCUAGCGGGUCUGUCACUAUGUAAAUACGCCAGUCCAUCUAUCUUUAUACUUAAAUCAUAUUUGUACAUUGAGCAUAUUACCGUUUAAUAGCUGAUAGUGUCUAAUUUCACUGCCGACCACUUUAAAUCUGUGCAGACAUUUUGCGAAACUGAAAAGAUGUCAGAAUCAAAACCCAAACCGGUUUUAUUCUUAAAAUGUUCUCUUGUUAGUUUAAUUGCAUUUUCUAUUUAAGAAAUGCGGCUGAAUCGCAUUGAUAGAUUUUCCCACCAUUGCAAUUAAAUUUGAAUAUUCAAAUAUUAAUAGUUCUUUCAAAAGCAGAGUCCAGACCAUAAUUACAAAAUAUCAACAUUUAAACUGGUACCGAAGGUUAAUUUCAAACUCGAGGUAUCUACAUCCGACAUUUACUUGACGCAUUUGACGAUGUAUUUCUGAUACAGGCUGAGUCAAACACUAGCUGCGGGGGGGGGGGGGGAGGUGAAGGUUGACGAACAUAUUUACUUUAAAGAUAGUCCAUUUCUUGGAAAAAGUCGUAGUCCAAUCAAAUAUUUUAACACCACGUGAAGCCAGGCUCAUCUGUACCAGAGGAUAGCAAACAUGGCGGCCUUGAAAGGAUUUUAGAGGCAUCUGAAAACAAUAUUUUCUUCUGACCAAUUUCGGUAUUUACAUGUGAAGCAAAAAAAAACAAAAUUGAAUCAUCUCGGAGAGAAAUCCGUAGUUUAAUAUCUGUAGUCAGGAUUUUUUAAAAACUGUGAUUUUUACGGUAUAUGGCCCGGUACCUAGAUUGUACUCUCAUAUCUUGGAAGUUGUCCUUUAACUACUUAUCUUCGUGUUAGUUAGCUGACUUUAAGUACCACAAAGUCUUCUAUUAAAAUUCUGAAAAUUUUGAACAUAAACACUUUUUCCACUCGCUACAAUUUUCGUAUUUAAGUGCCCCCCUUGGUCCUUUCCUAUUGAAAUUUAUCUUUUUUGCAAGUUAUUUAAUUUUUAAUUUCAAAUCAUUUUACUAGAAGGAUUUAACAUGCUGUGACAUCGUGAUUUUUAACCAUUGCCUCUGCAGCAUGGUUAGCAUGAGAGGAUGGAUUGGUAUCAUGCGUUGGGAAUGAAUUCUAAGACCUGAAUGAAGGAGGGAUGUUUCACAAAUUAAUCCAAAAGUCUACUCAUUUUAAAGGGUGGUUUGGAAGUGGGAUGGGGCAGCGGCUGGAGCAAUAAGAUAUCCCGAGCACAGCAAGUGAAAUUGAAAAGCUGGUCUUUACUUUUAUUUGGGUGGGGUGUAUCUGUGUUGGGGGUGGGAAUCUGGUGGUAGACGAAGGGGGUGAUAUCACUAUCAAUGCAUAAAAUAACCUGGAAAUAAGUAUAACUAUUAAAUACAGGAUGAGCUUAUGUAUUCAACUAUGUUAGUGUACUUUUAAUAAAAUAUUAAACCAGCCGUGUAUUGUUCUUAUAAUAAAUGAUGUUCAUUUUGCAAA